AUGUUGGGGACUGUGGUGGUGUGCAGCUCCUCGGCCUCUUUCACUUUCAUAGGCUUACCGCGUAAUUACAAAGUGGAAGCCGAGAUUGAUGCUGUUGGCAUAGAGCAGGGCCGACAGCUACUGGGUCAUGACAUGCAGAUCGAAGAUGAUCGCUUCUUCGCCGGACGCCUCUCAUCUAUGACUUCAUUUCAAGCUUCGGAAUACAACGCCAUCGGAGAGGAGCAAGAGAGGUGCGGCACUAAGGCGAUGGAAAUUCAACGACACCUCAAACCAAUUGUCUCAGGCAGCUACGGAGGUGAUGAGGUGAUUGCCGGUGAAUUAACCGGAUUUUCUGAGCCUUCGAGCCCAAGAACGAUGAAACCUGGGAUGCCACCAACGCCUCUUAACUCUGUUGUCAUUACUGAUGCUGAUAUCGCUAACCUCAUCCCCGUUGACGCGUCACCUCAGACCAUUCGUCGACUUCUGGAGAGCGCGGUAGCCGAGGCGACGAAUGUGAUUGAGGCAGAGCCCAAGAAACCGUCGUCCAAGACUGAAUUGACCAACAACUGA